AUGGAUCAAGAAAUCAACGAAAAUGAAGCUCUAUCAGACAAUCAAUCAAUUUCAACAACGCGCCCGUCUAGUUCAGCUAGUUCGGAUAUGCCUAAAACCAAUACUCCAUCACGAUCUAAUAGUUUCAUUAAACGUCGAUCGUCAACUAUUGAUGUUAAUGAUUUGUCUCCAUCUGUAAAUCAACAAAUAAAUGAUCAAACACCAAUAAAAAUCUUAGUAUUUAAUGGAAAAUGUUCGAAAAUAUUCAAGUCAGCAUUAGAAGAUUGCGUUGAAGAUUGUAUUUUGGAAUUUCCAGGUGACAAAAAUUCAAUUUAUGUUCCAAAAAUAGGACAAGCCGUACAAAUACCACCGGGUAGUUCUCCUAAUGCUAUUCUUUCAUUGAGAGAACAAAGUCCAAAUGCACGGCAAUCAGCUCGUUCAAAUCGACGAAGAGGCUCGAAUAGUCAAUAUAAUGCUCUACCGCAGAUCAAUAGUAUGCGUAGUGUUUUACCGAACAAUUUAUCAUUGCCGUCAACAGUUCUCGCGGCAACAACGGCCGCUCGUAUACGUCAUCAACUUGCUCAACAGAAAUUUUCUAUUGCAGACGAUAUUUCUGAGGAAGCCACCGAUCAACUAUCUAAUGUUUUACAAGCGCCAAUAACAGAUGCCGUUGAACCGACUGAGACACCUCCUAUUGUAAGAGAAGAAACAAUAUCUCCUAUUAUUAAACAUGACACGAUAUCUCUAUCAUUGCCGGUUUUUCCUAAUUGUGUUCCAUCAGCUAAAACGCACAAGUGUUAUCGAGAUCGUCAAAAAGAUUAUCGCCUUUCUGAUCUUGUCAUGCUCGGGCCGGAACAUUUUCGACACGUAUUUAAUCUGCCACGUCCACGUGCUCAAUCGGUUCAACGAAAAAAUAAAGCAGCUGAGAAACUUUCUGAUAUCGAUUGUAUCAAAAAAGAUCUAUUUCAUCGAUAUCUUUGGACACAAAAACCUCAAGUAUCAUGUCGUAUACGUCCUUUAUCGACUUAUACGCGUGACACAACAUUUGCUAAUUAA